GUGUGAAAGGUCCCACCAAAAUGGCACCGACCAAGAAGAAACAUGCUACUAGCCAGGCUUGUAUUAUUCCUGGAGGAUUUACAGUGCUGUCCUUACAGUUUAGCUCCGACAGUGCUGCACAGCACAAACUGUAUGUGAAAGAGCACAAAGUACGAGCAGAGAGAAGUUCGCACAGACCGCUGGACCGGACUUUAUUUGUCCUCAACAUCCCCCCAUACUGCUCAGAGGCUGUUGUCAGGGACUUAUUCUCGCAGUUCGGCUGUGUUCAGUCCGUGGAGCUGAGAGACCACCCGGGCUCCUUUCAGGAGUCUGGACCCAAGCUGUCCAAGUUUUUCAAACCAGCUGAAAAAAAGGGUUUCAAAGUCGGCUACAUUGUGUUCCAGAAGUCCUCCAGUGUAGCUGCAGCUAAAUCACACCCGCACAGUGUCCCACUGGUGGUCUGCACAGAGCAGCGUCCAGUGAGGACAGGAGUACAGAAAUGGAUUCAACAGUACACAGAGUCUUUCAUUCAGCCGGACAAACUGCAACAAAUAGUCAACUCCUUUAUGGAGGACUACGACAAGCGGAAAGAAGAGGAAGCGGAGCGGCAGAGGAAGGAGGCUGAGCAGCAGCAAGAGGACGAGGACGGCUGGGUGAAAGUCACAAGAGGCCACAAGGGCACCAAGGCCCGUCCCCACAGCGAGGCGGCCAACCAGAGGACUCUACAGAAAGAGAUGCGGAAGAAGAAGAGGAAAGAGCUCAUGAACUUCUACACCUGGCAGCACAAAAACACACAGAAAGAACAUAUUGCUGAACUGAGGAAAAAGUUUGAGGAGGAUAAACAGAGAAUAGCUCUGCUGAGGGCACAGAGAAAGUUCCGACCUUACUGAAUCAACUACCGAGAAUCUUGUUUGCUCAUUUCACUGCUUUUGUGCAUUUUUGCUACAUUACAAACCUUUUGUAUAAAGGAGCAUUUUUGUGUCAUUAAACCAAUAUUAUUCC